AUGCAGAACAAAGAUCUCUUUGUCCCCACCUAUGGAGCUCUGGCUGCCCAACUGUGUAAAGGUUAUGAAAAAGAUGAAGAUGUGAACAAAUACUUAGAUAAAAUGGGAUACCUCAUUGGGACACGGCUGGUGGAAAACUUUUUGGCUCUAUCUUGUGUAAGAAAAUGCCAUAGUUAUUCAGAAAUUACAGACAUAAUUGCCCAGGUUGCCUUUAAGAUGUACUUGGGGAUUACACUAAGUGUGACAUGUAACAUAAGCAGGACUGAAUUUUCCCUGAUCCUAGACAAGAAUCCGCUGGUGGAGUCUGUGGAGGAGCUCCCCACCAGGCGAUCCUUUCUGUGCUACUGCAAUUUACUCUGUGGGAUUAUCAGAGGUGCCGUGGAAAUGGUUCAUUUGGCUGCUGAUGUUACAUUCUUGCAAGACAGACUGAAAGGCGACCAUGUGACAGAAAUAGGAGUAACAUUUCUGAAAAAGCUAGAGGAGAAAAAAUACAGACGGAAAAAAUGA